GGCGUCCAUCCAACAUGUACUUCCAGACCCACGACCAGAUUGGGAUGAUCAGUGCCGGCCCCAGCCACGUCACUGCCAUGAACAUUCCCAUCCCCUUCAACCUGGUCAUGCCCCCCAUGCCGCCCCCGGGCUACUUUGGCCAGGCCAACGGCCCCGCUGCAGGCCGGGGGGCUCCCAAAGGGAAGACGGGCCGUGGCGGGCGGCAGAAAAAUCGCUUUGGGAUCCCCGGCGGCAGCCAGUCCAACCUGCCCAACAGCCAGGCCAGCCAGGACGUGGUGUCCCAGCCCUUCUCGCAGGGCCCCCUGACCCAGGGCUACAUCUCCAUGAGCCAGCCCUCUCAGAUGAGCCAGCCUGGGCUCUCCCAGCCGGAAUUAUCCCAGGACAGUUACCUUGGUGAUGAGUUUAAAUCCCAGAUUGACGUGGCGCUGUCACAGGACUCAACUUACCAGGGGGAACGAGCUUAUCAACAUGGUGGAGUGACGGGACUGUCACAGUAUUAGAGUGUUGAGGAAGAAGAGCUAAGCUUGCGUGGAGCUUAGUUCAUCAGCAUUUUAUUCUGGGUAAUAAAAAAAA